AUGGAUCUGAUUGUAGCAGGCUUGAGAGGAAAGCGGGUUGACAGCGAAACAGAUGAGGCUUGUGAGGGUCGGGAGAACGCGGCGAGACUGAGUAUUUAUGCACAGAGCUUUGCUUGGCUGCCGGAAGAAGCUGGUCGGAGUUUAAGCUUACUGGAGAAAGAGGGUGGAGAGGAUGGGGAUGAGAUGGGAAGAAGGAAGGGUUUGCUAAAUUGGAUGAGUUUGAGGUCGCCAGCAACAACAACAAUCGAUUUGCCGAUGCAGAUUGGAGGAGAACGCCGGAUAUGA